AUGACCACGUCCAAGCUGCAGCAGCAGGCACCUGAGGAGCCCUGGAACCUCAGCAGCUCCGUCUUUCAUUUCCCUGUUGCCAGAACUCUCUAUGGCCAUGGCCAGUGCCUCUUUCUCUGCCAGAGCAGUUCCCUGGUUCAGGCAGCGCUGACUCUGCCAGCCUCAGUGUCAGCAAACCUGGGAGGAACCGUCAAGAUCACCUGCUCCGGGGGUUACAGCAACUAUGAAGACUGGCACCAACAGAAGACACCUGGCAGUGUCCCUGUCACUGUGAUCUAUGAUAGCAGCAGCAGACCCUCCAACAUCCCUUCACGAUUCUCCGGUUCCUACUCCGGCUCCACGGCCACAUUAACCAUCAAUGGGGUCCAAGCCGAGGAUGAGGCUGCAGCAGUGCCUCAGCUGGCCUCAGUGUCAGCAAACCUAGGAGAAACUGUCACGAUCACCUGCUCCGGGAGUAGCAAUGCUUAUGGCUGGUACCAGCAGAAGUCACCUGGCAGUGCCCCUGUCACUGUGAUCUAUGGUAGCACUGGUAGACCCUCAAACAUCCCUUCACGAUUCUCCGGUUCCCGAUCCGGCUCCACAGCCACAUUAACCAUCACUGGGGUCCAAGCCGAGGACGAGGCUGUCUAUUACUGUGGGAGCUACGACAGCAGCGGUACUGGUUAUGGGUGA